GUACGAGGGGCCCUUCUGGAAAGAGUCCCGAGGCGAAGAUGGCGGCCCCCAGUACGCGGCCCGCGGGCGCCUCUCGCUCGGAUAAGAAGUCUUCCUCCGCGGGAGAGAAAAUCGUGGCCGGCUUCAACAAACUGCGCGGCGAGCAGCGCGCCCUGGCCGCCAAGAGCGCGCAGCUCGACAUGGAGCUCACCGAGCACAACCUGGUGAUCGACGCCCUGCGUGACAUCGACCCCGAGCGGCGCUGCUACCGCAUGGUGGGGGGGGUGCUCGUGGAGCGCACCGUCAAGGAGGUGCUGCCCGCCCUGCAGAGCAACAAGGAGCAGAUCUCGCGGCUGCUGGAGGCGCUCGCCCAGCAGGUGUCGGCCAAGGGGCGCGAGAUCAACGAGUAUCGCGAGAAGCACAACAUCCGCGUGCGUGGCGAGGCCGACCCUAUACCCCUCGCCGUCGCCGGCAGCAGCGGCGGCGGCGACGGCAGCGACGGCCAGAUCCCCGCCAAGCCCAGUGCCGCCGGCGUGCUGGUGUCCGAGACCGGGUAGAAGACGCGGCGGCAACGGGCGCCACCGAUGGAGAGCGGGGGGGGGGGGUGGCGUGGGGCUGCGGUGAUGGGCAAAUCUGGUGGAGCGUGCGUGUGCGGACAUGCGUGGCAACUGGCGUGAGCGCAGCGUGUGCACCGCCUCGCACCGCCGUAUGCGCAGCAUAGCCGCGGCGCACAGUAACGCGUCGUGGAACGCAGCGUCCCUUUGUUGCACGUGUUUGUGUGUAUGUGGACAGCAAAUGAAACGCAACAACAAGCAGUUCAACACGGAACACUCGCACACACUGCACACACUGGACGAGCACACAGCAUGGUACAGAGCUGCCCAUUGCUGCACACAUCCAGCACCACACUUAACACCGCACCACCCUUAACACCACACCACCCUUAACACCGUUCACUACUCUAAACACCGAACAGUUACAUAGUGUUCCAUAAUUUUACACACUCUACGAUGCAGCACCGCACCAUUCAACGUAGCACUGCACUGCAGAACCGUUUACAGCACAGCAAAUACACGCUAUGCCGUACAGCAUAGUGCAGAAGUCUAGUGCGUAUCACUGGACUGCACACAGCAUAGCACGCUUCACCCCACGAAGCGGCAACACACUGCGAGCUACGUACAACACAGCUAGUGCAGCAUGCGACGGCACCACCGGCGAGACUGAUGCACGCACCACACAACAGGUCUCCCCCGCCACGCGAUCGUGUAAUUUCUUACCGAUAGUCACGAAACCCUUGCGACGAACGAGUUGAGCGCCCUGUGCGUGUGUGAGAAUGUGUGCGUUUUUUUUUUAUAUAAGUUAAUGUCAGCGUGUGAAUCCCCCCCACCCCCUUCCAAAUGCAUGGGUUUUCUCCGGGCACUCCAGUUUACUCCCCUCCGAAUGUUCGAAUGCAGUGAGACUCUCCCACCAAAGAGCCUCGAGGCUUACGUGAGGGUUUGCCUGGGUCUUCUGAGAGAAUUAUAUUUGCUUGGGCGCGAUGGUCGUCGAUUCUCUGCUCAUGGCCAACACUACCAGUAAAUAUAUCUGAGCCGGUCCGAGGCUUCCCCGAGGUCGACUCGGCCUCAAAUGAAUACCUGGUACGGUGGAGACAAAGGCGGCCGGGCGUGGUGCUGGCCACCCACCCCCUCGUGUGCUGUGCCGGCCUUCAUAGGUGCUCCUCGCCAACGGCACUUGCCCCAACAAUCUGUUGAGGCUAUACGGGGGGGGGGGGGGGGGGAGUCUUUGUGCGUGCGUCAGUCCACAGCCGCUCCAUGCACAGCUCGGCGACGUGGUGGAAACUGGAAUCUAACCUCCCCUGUCACUUCGAGCAGCGUUCGUCGUCUUAAACCAGGGCUAUGGGAAAACUAUUGACUUCAUUCCCCUGUGGCCACGCGGUGCCAUUUCGCAUGCGGCCCAGCACUUCCAUUCGAGUGCGCAGAUGACGGUGCUCCGUCGCUGCAACAAGUCGCAUCGCGGCCUCGCUCGGGUGCUAGAGAAGGGGAAUGACACGCGGCGAGCCUGACGCAGCUCUACUUUUCUCAUAUCCCAAGCUCUCAAGGCAAUUUGCGUCACUGCAAGGAAUUUUUUUUGCAGUGACAAAAUCCCUGAGGUGUAUUGUGUGUGUGUUAAUGCCUGUUUUUUUCCAGUAAUUGUUCCCCAGCCCUGCUCCUAAGCGCAGAGAAACCACGUUCACCAGAGCGCAGGGCUUCAGAGACACUGGUCCUCUCGGCCCCCAGCCGAUGUACAAAUACACACAUACCGAUUGUCGGCUACUGGCUUGCAAUGACCCCGCGGAGUGGUGGGAUGCUAUGGUGAGAGAGCAUGGCUCGCUUGUUGGAAAGUUCAGAGUUAAAAUCCCGGCCAGUGGACAAUUGGACUUUAAAUCCCUCCAAUGUAAAAAUAAAGUAUCGCUUUCUAAAAAUGCAACAGUGACUGUUCACUACUGAGUGGGCACCCACCCCCACCAUAUGAAUGUGGAGUUGCCACCACAGUCUGAGAGAUUAGCACCUUACCACUCAUUUAAGUGGGCAACCACUUUAGCAUGACCACCCGUGAUGUACCAUGACUCUGGACUGGCUGCCGUACAUCAAGGAGCCUGGUGAAAGUGUGGAACGUUGGGCCAACGGUUCCAACCGCAUCGCAACGUUGGCUCGACGUUGCGUAUUUUCCUGGGGGGGGGGAGGAUGGGUGAUCGGUUGCAGCGUUGGCUGCAGUGGGGGAUGGGAGCUUUGGAAAUCCUGCACCAGAUGAAGCUGCCAGGCUGCUGCUCUUGCUGUCGGUGUCGAUACAAGAGUGAACGAUUAAACGGCAAUGGUUUGUUGAUA